AUACACCUCAUCCAACCUCAAAACAUCCUCAAUCACGACUCUCCGCCUCCCGUCUCAAAAAUCCCAAUAUGACAUCUCCCUCCGCCACCGACCGACCCAAAGCUACAGCUAUUCCCUACCAAGGAGACCCUCUCCCCAACGUCCCAGAGGAUCUCGUCGUACCAAAUAUCGUGGGCCUGGACUUUGACGAACGAUUAUGGGUUCCCCAAGCACCAGACGUCUGGUUCCGUCCUAUUCUAUUCAACGUCACUCAGGGUUACUUCGUCAACCUACUUCGUGUGCGUCGCUCGGGUAUCUUGUCCCGUCACCGUCAUACCGGCCCUGUUCACGCAACGGUUCUACGAGGCAAAUGGCACUAUCUUGAGCACCCGUGGUGGGCGACGGAGGGCAGUCAUGCUUUCGAGCCUCCGGGUGAUAUUCACACGCUUGAGGUCCCGGAUGGGGUCGAGGAAAUGGUUACUUUGUUUCAUGUUACUGGUGCAUAUAUCUAUGUUGACCCUGUGGGGAAUGCGCUGGGGGUAGAGGAUGUGUUUUCGAAGUUGGCUAGUGCGAGGGCGCAUUAUGAGAAGGUUGGGCUUGGGGCGGACUAUGUUGAUCAGUUUGUUCGAUGAGAGGCUUUGUGUAUGUAUUGUUGCUGCAUGUUUACUACCUAUAUCGAUACGCCGAUGGCGCUUGGAAGUACAAAGCUCGGAUAAAGAAAACUUGAAGCAAUGUCACUAGA